GACGCAAUGGUGAUGAAAGUCGGGUUUUCGCCGGAUGGGACCCGCUUCGUGUCCGCCAGCGCAGACAGCACCGUGUGUGUGUGGAGCACCGAGGACGGCGCGGCGCUUUCUGUUCUUCACGGCCACAUGGGCGUCAUUCACGCAAUGUCGUUCUCGCCCGACGGCUGCCGCAUCGUGACGGGCUCUGACGACGGUAAAGCGAAGGUGUGGAGCGCGGUAUCUGGCGACUGUCUCGUCACGAUCGACGAAAACGCAGGCGUGGUCCGGCAAGCGAUGUUCUCGCCAGACAACCAGUACGUGCUGACCGCCGGCACCGACAUGAUGGCGAGAGUCAACGACUCGUUCACGGGCGAGCGAGUCCGGGUGAUAGAGGGUGGCCUCGAUCUCCAAACCGCAACGACCUUCACGCUCGAUGGCAAGUAUGUCGCGGCAGGCGGUCACGACAAUGCAAUCAACAUUUGGAACACCGAUACCGGGGAUCGCGUGGCACGAUUUCUGGGUCACCAGGACACCGUCACCUGUAUUCGGUUCUCUGCGGAUGGGUUGCGCGUUGUUUCUUACUCGGAAGACAUCGUGUUAGUGUCAUGGAAUGUGAGUGUUGCUAAUGUGGCACCUCCUGCGGCGCCCCUUGCGGCGCCCCCUGUGGAAGUCGCAGUGCCAGUAGACCAAGUGUAAACGAUAGACCUAGGAUUCCGUGUACACUUGCAGUGCCUAUUCAACUUUGCUUUUUCUAAAUCCAGUUUUAUAUUCUCUAUACGGCGUCAACGUUUCUCAUCAAUCCAUCUAUGUCUACGAG